GCCAGCCACAACCUUCUCCUCAGUCUCGCGGCAGAUUUGAACGGACCGGAAGUAGAAGACGAGCGAUUUCCGGAAGUUGGACUUGGAAGAGCAAGGAGUGUCGGGAAUGGCGACCAAGCGGCUCGCACGCCCCGGCGUCUGCGACCUGUCCUCUGUGGCACAGUUGGAAAGACCUCGGUCUACAGCCUUGGGCCGCCUUCUACCCAAGGGUGACAGGAGCCCGAGGCUGACGAACCCUGAGGUCUUGACUGUGUGGCGGUGAGCCAGUGCUUGCCCAUUCUAGGCUUCGGGAAACGACUGGACGUGACAGUGCCCUGCAGACUGGUUGGAGGCCUCAGACAAGGCACACUGCACCCAUCAAGGCAGCUUGGAUUAAUUAGGAGAAAGUCAAUUGCAUCAGCAAAUGGGAAUCUAGGAAGAAGCAAAUCCAAGCAGUUGUUUGACUACUUAAUUGUCAUUGAUUUUGAAUCGACGUGCUGGAAUGAUGGGAAACGCCACCAUAGCCAGGAAAUAAUUGAAUUUCCAGCAGUAUUGCUGAACACAUCAACUGGACAGAUUGAAUCUGAGUUCCAUGCUUAUGUUCAACCUCAGGAACAUCCAAUUCUUUCAGAAUUUUGCAUGGAAUUGACAGGCAUAAAGCAGGCUCAAGUUGAUGAAGGAGUCCCUCUGAAGAUUUGCUUAUCUCAGUUCUGUAAAUGGAUUCAUAAGAUUCAGCAACAGAAGAACAUUAUUUUUGCUGCUGGGGUUUCAGAGCCUUCUACUUCUGAAGUAAACUUAUGUGCAUUUGUUACUUGGUCAGACUGGGACUUGGGGGUUUGCCUGGAAUAUGAGUGUAAAAGAAAGCAGCUGUUUAAACCUGUGUUUUUAAACUCUUGGAUUGAUCUCAGAGCAACUUACAAGCUUUUCUAUAGGAGAAAACCAAAAGGACUAAGUGGUGCCUUGCAGGAAGUAGGAAUAGAAUUCUCAGGACGAGAACAUUCUGGGUUAGACGAUUCUCGGAAUACUGCCCUUCUUGCUUGGAAAAUGAUCAAGGAUGGCUGUCUAAUGAAAAUUACAAGGUCAUUGAACAAGGUUCCCACUAAGAAGAAUUCCAGCAUUCUGGCCAGAAAUUUGAAUACAAAUCAAGUUGAAGAAAUGUCUGCCUGUAACAGCAUCCAGGGUCCUAGCAUAUAUAAUGAGCCUAAAAAUACAAUAAAUUCUCAUGUAAAAGUUCAAAUGAAGUCAGUUUGUGCAAAUUUUCCUAUAAAGGCACAGAAGGAUCAAUUACAAGUAAAGAACAAUAUAAAAACAAGUCUUCACAAUGUCAAAAGUUGCUUAUCUAUUAUUAAUUCUAAGUCCUCUACUUCUCUGGGGCAUUUGCAGUCUCCUACCUUGAAUUCACCUAUCUAUAUGCAAAAGCAAGGAAAAAAUGAACAUCUUGCAUUUAAUACCAAAUGUGAGUCUUCAACAGUUGGUUCAGAAUUGGUACUUGUUUCUACCACGAUUCCAACUGUUAAUCAUGUUUCUGAUAUGGAAAUGAGCUCUACCCUUGACUGUUUACCUAUGUUGGCUGAUUGGGAGGAUAUGGUUUUACUGCCAGCAUCUCAGCCUGAGAAAAACAUAGAUUGUACCGUUCCCAUUAGUGAUCCAGACUUAGAGAUUUCAUUUAAUUCUGGAGAAAGAUUAAUGGUUCUGAAAGAAUCAGAAAUGCCAAGUCGUGAAAACUUUGGAGACAUAGAAGAAACUCUUCAAAAAUCUGAGACUUCUAAGUCUAUUGUAUACAAGAGUCCACACACUAUUAUUUAUAAUGUAAAAGAAGCCAAAGAUCCAGUUUCAGAUGUUUCUGCCUUUAAGUUACCUGAACACAAAUCAAGUACCUGCAACAAAGUUAAUGCCAAUAUGUCUCAUCCUUUAGUUUUGGGGAAACAUCCUCUUCUUUCAGGUGGUACCAAAAGAAAUCCAUGCAGUCCUCAAGCUUUCCCACCAGCAAAAAAACAACCCUUCACUAUUCAUGAAGAAAAGCCAUCUGAUUGCUCCCCAGUAAGAAGUUCUUCCCGGAAGCUUUUCCCAUCUGUAUUAACUUCUAUAGUUAACCUGCAAGAGCCUUGGAAAAGUGGGAAAAUGACACCUCCCUUAUGCAAGUGUGGGCGGAGGUCUAGGAGACUUGUUGUUUCUAAUAAUGGACCGAACCAUGGAAAAGUCUUUUAUUGUUGCCCUAUUGGGAAAUAUCAAGAAAACAGAAAAUGUUGUGGUUAUUUCGAAUGGGAACAAACACUUCAAAAGGCAAGAGCCAACAGUGUAGUUUCAUUUCAUUCCACAGGGGGACUCACUUUUACUUCUCCAGAAAAAAGCACUCUUUGUGACCGAAAUUUAAGUAUUUCCAACAAUAAUUCCUUGAGACUCAGGCCUUCAAUGAGGAAUUGAUUAUCUUUCAUGUAUGAAUUCUAAUUGUUCUUUGAAUUUCCAAACAUGAGUAUUCUGAUAACAUCUUACACUAUUUUAUAUAUUAAUGUUUACUGAAUUCAUCAUACUUUCUUCAGGAACCAUAAAUAUAAUCUUUUGUUAAUAGUAUUUAUUAGAUUACAUAUAAUAAGCAACAAUAGUAUAUGAUCCUUCUUUUGUAGUUAGACCUUGAAGCAAGUCUUAAACUAUUUUUAAAUUACGUGCACAAAAAUGUGACUAAUAAAAAUCCCUAGUCUAUUUUUAGUUAGAUACAUAUAUUUUGAGAAUUAUCAUAAUCUAACUGGUAUUUUGUAUUUUUCUAAAAACUUUUAUAAGUUCUUUAGUUUUAUUUCACAGCUCGAACAUUGAUUCUGAUUUGUAUAUCAACAUAUCAGAAGAAUUAGUCAACUAAAGUUUGAAAACCUAUGUAGCAGAGAUUUGGUUCAGAAAUUGCUUCUAUACUAUACAUUUAAAAAUUAAUAAUUGACAACAUUCUUUUUAUAUUAAGAAAUGAUAGGAACAUUGACAGUAUUGCAGAGGAAUUUACCAAACAUUUUAUUUCAAAAUUUAGCUUCUGAUAUCAUAACUACAAGAUAUUUUAAAUUAACAGUUUCUGAGCAUAAUACCACAGUUUUUAUCACCUCUCCAUCAUCUUGUGGUUUCUAGAGAUUGGCAGAUAAUGUGUUUGUUUUAUCGAUAUGGUAGUUAAUGAAACACAUUUAAAUUGUUUUCCAUUCUUUCUUCCUCAGUUCAUUUCUUUUUGUCUUCCCACUGAUAGUCUUUGGCAGCUCUUGAAUAAAUUCUACCUGUUGGCAUCAAGGGGAAGAAAAUUAGCCUGGAAAUUUUUGUCUUUACAUAAAGCCAAUUAUAUAGCAGUUCAAUUAUGAAUUCUAGGUGAAAGAAUUAGAAUACCCAUUGGAAUGGGUUUUGGAUAACAACCAAAGAAAGGAAAAGGGUAUUAUUGAGGAAAUUUGUCUUGGUAUUAAGUAUUUACUGCAAGUCCAAAGGACCAAACAAAAUAGGUUUAGGGUUUCAUUUUUACCUCAAAGAUUCUGAUUCUCACCCACAUGUCAUCAGUUCAGUUUGGGACAUGUGGUAUAUAACAUGAGUGAAGAAAAUAGUCAUUAAGAGGUAAAAAUAAACAGUUGAAAUUUUCCGUAACACUGAGCAAAUACUCAUCAUAAUUAGGAUACCUACCUUUCUGGGAUAUUUGUAAGGUGCCGUAGUUUUUUUAACAUGCUCCUGAAUCUCCUUUAUUAGUUGUUCUUGAUCAUGUGACUUGUAAUCAGGGUUCAGAACAAUAAAAGCCUUUACUACCUAAAAUAAGUAUUUGAAACAACAGGAAAAUGAGUUACGCAUUUGUAUGUUUUAGUAAGUCUUAUUUGCUUGCUCUAACUGAGAAUCUAUGUGCCUGGUGGGGUUGGCCAGAGUGUUUUAAUAAAGUUUGAUCCCAACUUUGUGUUCUUAAGCCAGCCAGUUGACUCACACACUUCCUGGUCUGUACCUAACACAGGAGAGCUUCUGGGACCUGUGUGGUGACCCAGCCUGGUCUAGCCUAGCCCUCAGCAUGGGGGCUACCUAUAAUCAGUAGUCACCCUGAGUUUGCCAUGUCUUUGUUGAAGGGAACAGUUCACAGAGAACAUGCAGUCUUUACACAAGGCUGUGAAGAUUCCAACAGCCACUUUGCUAUUGCUCUGAUCCAUUUCCAUGGCCCUGAAGAAUAAGAGUGGAAAUUGUGGUGGCCUUUAACUGGCAGAAGACCAGAAAGACAUUACUUUAUGCUUACAAAUCCUCUUCUCCAAAGUUUAUCCUUCCUAGAAAUGUUUUGGAAAACCCUGCCUAGUUUUUUGGACCUUUAAUGGAGAAGACAAAGAUAGGCCAUCCCUCAGAUGCCCUUUUAAAAGUAAAUUUGGAGUGCUAUCAUUUUCUCUCCUAGGGCACUGCCAGGACUGCCAUUUACUGCCUUCCCUAUAGGCAUGAGUCUAGGUGCACCAACUAGUAUGUACCUCCAAAGCCAGAUUACCAGCCCAGAGCUGGCUGUGGAAUGAUGGUUCCUGCAGGCACAGUUCCAGGAGAGUCCUCUGAAACUUUUUUAUGAUUAAAUAUCCUGCAGUUAAGUGCCUGAAAUCUUAAUAAACUCAAGGAUUCAUUUGUCUAGCUUAAAGAUAAGCUGACAACAUUUCGUAUCCACUUUGAUCUAACACUUUGGGAGGCUAAGGCGGGUGGAUCACCUGAGGUCAGGAGUUCAAGACCAGCCUGAUCAAUAUGGUGAAACCUCAUCUUUAAAAAAAAAAAGAAAGAAAAUGAAUUAUUUGAAACAACAAAUUACUCAGAACAGCUAUUGGUGAGAAACAAAGACUUCAAGUUAUAAUUUUUUCACAUAUUGAAAACUUCACCAGUGGGUAAUUUUACAUUUUAUGAGCUGUUACCCAUUUUUGUCUUUACCCGAAACCCUUGUGGGGUGCAGUGGCUCAUGCCUGUAAUCCCAACAUUUGGGAGGCCAAGGCAGGAGGAUUGCUUGAGCCCAGGAGUUUGAGAGGAGCCUGGGCAACAUAGUGAGACUUUGUCUCUAAGAAAAAAAGAAAACCCUUUAACAUUUUUAAUUUGCAUGUGCCAUAGGGCAGUUGUGAACCCUUGUGUGUAUGUGUGUCUAUGGAUAUAGUUUUGUUCUAUUCAUUUCUUGACAUUUUAUAAAAUGUAUUUGUAGUUAUGCUGGUUCUGCUGCAUUAGCAACAUUUUUGCAAAUUAAAAAAUUAUGCUUGUUAUAAGUCAUUCAAAGGCAAAUUAUUGUUAAAACUUUGCAAUACUGGUUCACAUAUUGACUUCUACACCUUGGAUGAAGUCUCCUUUAUCUUUUUAAAUGACUACAGAUAAUGUUAAAUUAACAAGGAACAACCUAACAUGAGUAAAAGUAUGAACUCUGAAGUCAGAACAGCUGGGUUCAAGUCACAGUUUGUUAGGUAAUGUUGGACAAGUUAGGUAAUCUUUGUGCCUCAGUUUCUUUCUCUAUAAAAGAGAUUCUGAUGAUUAAAUAAUUAGCAUCGAUGUAUAAUGUCUGGCACAUAGUAUGUCAUCAAAAACAUUAGCUCUUAGUUGUAGUCAUAGAAUUGCAAGAAGUUUGGGUUUUAUUUUUUAACCCCAAAUCCAUAAGUGGGCUUCAGAUUUCUCUGAAAUUCUAUGCGAAAUCUUGUAUUUUUCUGAGAAAAGUGGGUGUGCCAUUCAAUAUGAUAGCCACUAGCCACAUGUGGCUAUUUCAAUUUAAAUGAAUUAAAUAAGAUUAAAUUUUCUCAGUCACACUAGCCACAUUUCAAGUGACUGAUAGCCAUGCACAGCUGUUGUAUUGGAUGGUGCAAAUACAGAACAUUUCUAUCAGUGCAUAAGUCCAUCAGUGGCCUGUGGUUUUCUUCAAAUUCUCAAAGAGGUAUGUGAUCCAAAAAAUGUAAGAACCUAGUGAUCUAGGCAAAUAUUUCUAAGUGUUUAUUUCACAUUCCAAUGUUAAAAUUGUAUUUCAAAUCUAAAUAUUCUUUUUAAUAAAUUCUGGAACUUGCUACCCAAUUAAAGGCCUGGCAGGACCCAGCCUGGAGAAGGACCUAACCCAGGUAGAACAGCCCUGCCAGCAGAAAGGGAGCAACCGCUGGUGGCAUGGA